UGCUUCGUUCGAGCACAGUAGCAGUGCACCGUUACUUUUAGCUCUUCUCUGUCUGUCUGUCUGUCUGCCUGUCUGUCUGUAUGUGUACGUGUGUGUAUGUAUGUAUGUGUGUGUGUGUGUGUGUGUGUGUGUGUGUGUGCAAGUGCGUGUGUCUAUGUGCGUGUGCCUAUGUGCGUGCACCACAAUGGACACAAAUGUGAUCGGGCCCCGAGGUCUAUUAUGUCCAACUCCAAUUCUCUUUUCCUCUUGUUAUUACCUAACGUCUUUCGAUAUUACAAAAAAUAAAAAGAAACAAAAAAACAAGAGAAAGAAGAAGAAGAAGAAAAAAAAGAUGAAAGAAAGAAAGAAAGAAAGAAAGAAUGAAAGAAAACGACGAAGACUCGUUCAUCGCCACGAUGGAGUCAUCCUACGCGAGAUGAGUUUUCUAAUAAUAGAGAAGAUCAACGCGUUGGAUGAUGAUAAUUUAUGUCCACUCCAUUUGUAUACUUGUAAGAAAGAGAGAGAGAGAGUGAGAAAGAGAGAGAGAAAGAAAGGGAUGGAUAGAUAGAUAGAAAAAGAGAGGGAGAGAGAGAGAAAGAGAGCUUUCUUUUUCUCAAGGAAUCGAUCUUGAAGCGCGAAACAGAAUACUUAACAGCCGACAUUAUUGCGAAGCUUUAAGCCUGCUUCCCUCCGACAUAUCCCGACUCGUAAUUCAUGCUCGCUCAUAAUUCUUCUUUACUUCUUGCAAUAAGAACAAGGAUUCGUUACAAGCGCGAGCGAGCGAGCGAACGAGCAACUACAAAAUAAUCGGUGAUGCCGAGGUCUAAACGUUAACCAAGUAGUAGUGUAGCUUGCUCAUCGAAGACAACGAAGAGGAAGAAGAAGAAGAAGAAGAAGAAGAGGAAGAGGAGACCGAGGACGAGAACGACGAGGACGAGGACGACGAGGACGACGAGGGCGAAGACGACGACGACGACGACGAGGACAACGAAUCCUUCGGGUCCGGGUAUAAGCAGUGAUCUCACUCGUGGUAAUCGCACGCAGCCGGUCUCGAGAGGCUGCCUAGCUGUGCGGGAGGCAGAAAAGAAGAGAGAAAGAGAGAUCUUGCAGAACUUGUAGAGAAGAGAGGGAGAGAGAGAGCAAGAGAGAGAGAGAGAAGGAAGGAAGGUAUACGUCGUCGUCUCUUGUGGAGAAGUGGUGGAAGGACUCUCGAGGCGUUAGUCAGAGAGCGUGAGGAGGGAAAAGGAGACAGUGGGAGAGAUCUUGGCUCGAGAGGGAGAGAGAACGAAAGAGAGAAAGAAAAAGAGAGAAAGAGAGAGAGUGAGCGAGCGAACGAACGAGCGAGUGAGAGAGAGAGAGAGAGAGAGAGAGAGAGAGAGAGAGAGAAAGAGUUAGCGAGGGAACGAGCGAGAAGGAGAGAGAAAGAGAGAGAGAGAGAGGGUCGAGACCAAGAGAAGGAGCGGUGGGAAUUUAUAAGGAUGUUCGCGAUAAUGCCGAUGGAGACAGAGGGGCACGGCAGGGAGUUCGGCCGGCGGCAGAAGAUGCGCGCCAAGUGCACCGUAGAGUUCGUCUGCAAGUACUGCCAGCGGCGCUUCACCAAACCGUACAAUCUAAUGAUUCACGAGCGUAGUCACAAGGACGAUGUGACCUUCACCUGCGAGGUCUGCGGAAAGUCCUUCAAACGGCAGGAUAAUCUCAAGCAGCACAGAUGUGGGUGGCGGUGAGCGGGAGCUCUGAACCUCCUGCACCUUGACACAUACACAAUGCACACAAGAACAAUAUCAACAAUAUCAACAAGAACAAUAUCGACAACUACAACUACAAUAUCAACAUCAACAACAAGAACAACAAAAUUACAACCACGCACUCUUCUUUGAUCACCCGCACUCUUUCCGGGCACGAUGAAAGCGCAAGCAACUUUUUACCGCCCCCACGACAUCCAGCAUGUGCUAUAUCUUAUUCUUCUAUUUUGAUAUACCUUUAUCUUUAUUUUCUUUAUUUCCUUUACAAUAUUCUCCUUCUUUUUUCUUCUUGCAUUCCUAUAUUAAGCUUUCAUAUCGUUAUUUUAUUCGUCAAUUUAUUAUCGAGUCGUCUACGUAUCUUUUUAUCAUUUUCUAUCAUUUUUUUUCUUUUCUUUUUUCCUUCUUUCCUUCCUUUAUUAUUCCCCUUCUUCCAUUUUCCUUCCUUUCGUUUAUAUCUACUAACAUAGCGCGAACAUUCGAUUGGUACGAUCGAUAAUGUUAGAAAGAGAAAGAAAGUAAUUUGAGGAAGCGAAAAAUGUUUCCUUCGAGAAUACUUUCCUCAUCUUCCGAUUUCGACGAUCUCUGUUCCAGGAGCAUACACUCUGUUCCCUACAAGGGCUCCAACGGCUACUCAAAUGGCUGUUCAAAUGGCUACUCUAGGUACUAGAAGCCAUCCGGCCAACUCUGCUAUAUAUACGUAACAAAUUAAGCGUCCUUAAAAUUUGCCCUCACUUUUCUGUUUUUUUUUCUUUUUCUUUUUUUCUCUCUAGCGCGUAAGAGACACACCAAAACCUCCUAACAAGACAUACCAAUUGCAAUUUCUGUUAAAAACAUCAUAUCAUUCUUGUUAAUCGUCAAACCCAUUUUAAGUAAACUAUUUUCGGACAAAAAUUGUUUCCCCUCCUCUUGUUUUUUUUCUUUCUUUCUUUUUUUUCUCUUUCUCUCUCCCUCUUUUUCUCUUUUUCUUUUUUCUUUUUAUCUUGACGCACCGUCUAUGCAUCGUUCUUCCUUGUUCCUCAGCUCCAUCCAUCCCGCGCUUCUUUGAUCGUUCUCGUUUCUUUCUCUCUCGUGUUUCCCUUUCAUUUCUUGAGCUUAGACAUCCAGACCUAGGCACAUCAUCAAAAGAAGCUUUCGAUGCCACCAAUAAACCAGACGACAAACCAGACUUUCCUCUGACACUCGACGAACACAACCUUUAGUGAAAAAAGUCGUCGAUCGAAUACGGCCUUUUUAAUCUGUCCAUCAACGGGUGUCCUCGUCGAGAAAAAGAAGAAAUCGAUAUCGAACAAGAUCGAUAUGCCUUCGGUGGUCGUCGGGCCGCUGUUCGAAAGAUGAAUUCAUUAGCGGGCCGGCCAUUUGUCAAAGACAAAGCCGACCCAGCCGGUGAAUAGGUUUUAACGACGAGACGAAAUCAUUGGGAGAAGAGAGAUAGAGAGAGAGAGAGAGAGAGAGAGAGAGAGAGAGAGAGAGAGAGAAAGAGAAGGGAGGGUACAGCGACACGAUGGAAAGGACUACCUUCCAACGCUAAUAACAAUCCAACUUUAAAGAUGUCUAUCCUUCGAAACGUACAAUUAUGGCGCGAGGAAGCGUGCAUUCAUGAAGGAUCUCGAAUCGAGCUCGUGCUGCUCCUCCGGGCUAACAUUUCUAAAUUGGACUACGUAAUAACCCAGAGAAAGAAAGAGAAAAAGAGAGAGAGAGAAUAAGAGAGAGCAAGCUGCUGUUGGGUAAGGAGGAUGAGGAGUAGGAGGAUGCAGCACCCUGGACGUACCUACUACUUGGUCUUUUCUCUGUUGGCUACUGUGAACCACGCCCAGGCUUCGGGCGACGUGAACCACGUCGUCGUCCAACUUGGAAAUAUCUGCCACCGUAGUUCAAACUACGAAAUAAUCAUCACAUAUAACUCUUUGAGAGGAAUAAAGGGAACAUUAUCUUUGACAAAUGAAAUCGUUCGGGAACUCGAGGAACGUUGUAGGCCGGUAUGUAAACGUACCUACACACUUGAUGACCUUGGGGACGUAAAACGAGGCGGGUCUACACGUCGCUCAUGCAAAAAUACCAGUCAGCUGGGAUCAGCUUCCAGUGGGUGAACCGUUCGCGGAGUUGUCACCUUCGAUUUCGUCUCCGGAAGACGGGCUCGUUCGAUCGGAAACAUGGCAUCGAACCGAUCCCUGUCGACGAUUUUCUUUUCGUUUCGAUCAACUCUCUAUCUUCGGAGACUUUACCACCAUAGAUGCCAUCGUGGAUCCGUUGUUUUUUCUUCUUCUUUUUAUCCUUUUAAUUUUUUUAUUUCUGUCUUUCUUCCUUUUUUCUUUUUCUUUCUCACAUUACUCUAACAUCUUAUAGUCAUGUCUUUUGCGAGAAGGAACGCCCACGAUAGCACGAGCUGUUCAUUCCGAAGACGAGAUCAUAGAGCUCAAGUAGAGUGAAAGAGAGAUCGUAGAUUGUUAACUUAGAUGCGAAAGGAGAGAGAGAGAGAGAGAGAGAGAGAGAGAGAGAGAGAGAGAAAAAGAAAGAUCGUAGUAAGACAUUUUUAUAUUCGAUCGUAUAUUCGAUAGUAUUAGAUACUUUUUUCCUCUUUUUUCUUUUUCUUUUUUUUUUAUUUUUCAUUCCUUUCUUUUUCCUUUUACAACAAUGAAUUUUCUCUUUUAUACGAAUAUAUUUUUUUUUUUUGCGAAACUUUUCUAAUUGUCUACGCGCUCAUACAUACAUACAUACGCACGCACGCACGCAGACACACAUACACAUACGCACAUUGUAAAAGAAUAACACUUUCUCGUACUUUCUCAAGAAUACACACUCGUGCCUUAGAAAAAGAGAAAGAGAGAGAAAGAGAAAAAGAAAGAGAAAGAGAGAGAGAGAGAGAGAGAGAGAGACUCGCGAAAAGAAAAAAACCAGCUGAGGCAUCUCGAGGAUUAUCGAGAGUGGCCGAUCAGACGGUCAGAGGGGCAAAAUAUUGCGAUUCAUCGGAAAGGGAAACGUUAAAAAAAUAAAAUGAAAUAAAAGAAAAGAAAAGAAGGAAGAAAAAAUGAAAAGGGAAAAAAGUAUUCGGAAGAAAUAAAAAAUUAUUUUAUAAAAGAGUCUUCUCUCGUCUCUUAUCUUUUUUUCUUUCCCGUAUCGCUCGUUGAGAAAAAAAAAAGAUAAAUAACAACGCGUUGUCGCACUUUGUACAUAGCUUUGUGUAUCUCUUCUCUCGCUCUGUUAUCCUUAUAAUAACGAAUCGUAGACGAUUGCGAUUAUCUCUCCCGAACGUAUUAUUAAUAUUAAUAAUUAAUAGUUUUAGAAAAUGUUUUACGAAGAGUAAACCUUAGUCAUGUAAUUGUCGUUGUCAUAUCGUCUCUUAGAUAUCACAGAACGACACGUAGGAUCGUUAUCACGUUGUACCUAGCUAUAGGAGUGAUAAUAAUGUUAUUUUUUUUUAAUUAAUUAUAUAU